GCGUGUUAGACAACUCUGCCUGGCGCCCUCAGCUGAAGAUGGCGGCGCAGAUGGCGGUAAAUUCAGGAGCCAGUCUGUGGGGGCCAAUGAAGGAGCUGUGGGAGACUGUGGAGGGGGCUGUAUGGAGGAGGCAGCCUGAGAGCGUCCACCUGCUGGACCUGCAGCUCAAGAAGCACAAAGCACAGUUCCUGUCCCUCUUCAAGAACCCGCCAAAGAGCCUGGAACAGAGAGAGAAGGUGCGGAAGGCCAGCACUGAGGGUAUUUCUAUUCAAGGCCAGCAGGGUGCCCGACUUCUUCCUGAACAGCUCCUUGCAGAGGCCUUCAUUCUUAGUGACCUUUUUGAUAUCGGAGAGCUGGCAGCCCUGGAGCUGCUGCUGGCAGGGGAGCACCAGCAGCCUUAUUUCCCAGGGCUAACACGGGGGCUAGUGGCUGUGCUUCUCUACUGGGAUGGGAAGCGAUGCGUGGCCAACUCUCUCCGUUCACUCAUUCAGUCCCGCCACGGCAAGACUUUCACUCUCGAUCUCAGUUCUGAACUCGUGACCUUGGCCACGCGUUUCACAGAUGAGCUGAUGAGUCAGGGCUUGACAAGACGCAUCCUGACACUGGUGUCAGAGAUCAGUGUGACACGUGAGUUUGAGCGUCUGCAAAAGGAGCGUGGCUUGGGCAAUGAGAAGCACAGGAAAGAGGUUGCAGACCUCAUUAAGGAGUGCCGUCAGUCACUGGCUGAGUGUCUGUUUUGCUGGACCUGCCAAUCAUCCCUUGGCAAAGAUGACACCUUGGCCCUUAUUGGCUACUUGGAGACGGUGACAGCAGAGGCUGAUGGCUCACUGGACAGCGUAAACAUGGCUCUCCUUAUGGCUCUUCUGUACUGCCUGGAUGUCACCUUCCUGGAGCAGGGAUCUGAGGACAGAGAUGACAUGCUGCAAACCCUGCCCCUGCUGACUGAGAAGCAGUACGUGUCUGCAGUGCACCGCCGCCUGGUAGAUGGGCAGCCCUGGAAAUUGCCGGGCUUGCAGGCGGUGGCACGCAUGGCCUGGGCCCUGGCUCUGCGGGCGUUGUCCCAGCUGCCCCAGGCAGCAGCUCUGGUGGAGUUCACGGAAGGGGAUGAGUCUUUGGCAGACCAAGCUCUGCUGGAUGGAGUCUUCCUGUUCCUGACAGAAGGAGUGCUAGCAAGUGAAGGCUUUGCCCAGGAGGAGUUUUAUGCUCGCCGCCUUCACUCCCUCAUCACAGACUUCCUGUCACUCAUGCCCAUGAAGGUGAAGCAUUUGCGGAACCGUGCUGAUGAAGAUGCCCGACUCGUCCACAUGGCCCUACAGAUGGGCAGCGAGCCACCUGCCUCCCUGCGCAGAGACCUGGAUCAUCUCAUGAUCUUGAUUGGUGAAUUCUACAGUAAAGGCUCCUUUGGCCUGGAGCUUGCGCUGGAUUACUGGUGCCCUUCGGAAUCUGUCCACCACACCUCUCUCACUGGCUCCUACCUUGGUGUAGCUCUUCAGAGGCCCCCACACAAGCAGGUUGUUCUGUCCAAGUUUGUGCGGCAGAUGGGUGACUUGCUUCCUCCCACCCUGUACAUCCCCUACCUGCGCAUGCUGAAAGGCCUGGCUAAUGGACCACAGUGCGCCCACUACUGCUUCAGCCUGUUAAAGGUCAAUGGGGCCCCACACGGGGAGAACCUGCAGGGGGCAGUAACGAGCAGCCCCGUUUCUUGGGAGCACUUCUUUCACUCACUCAUGUUGUACCAUGAGAACCUGCGCAGGGACUUGCCAAGUGCAGACUCGUCACACUAUCGCCAUCCACCACUCCGGGGCAUCACACAGAGGGAGCUUGAUGGCCUGUCUGCUUUCCUCCAGCUGCUCACCACUAUUGUCACCUGGAGUGAGAAUGCGCGUCUGGCCCUAUGUGAACACCCCCAGUGGACACCUGUGGUCGUCAUGCUGGGUCUCCUGCAGUGUAGUGUACAGCCCAUUCUCAAAGCAGAGCUACUGCGCUGCCUUGCUGCCUUUGCCAAAUCACCUGAGAUCGCAGCCUCUCUUUGGCAGUCUAUAGAGUACACUCAGAUCCUGCAGACAGUGAAGGCCCCAGGACAGAGGCAGGCUGCGGGGAUCGAGGUUGAGCUCAAUGAGAUCGAGUCCAGCUGCGAAGAGUACCCCCUGACCCGGGCCUUCUGUCAUCUGAUCAGCACUCUAGUGGAGAGUGCCCUGCCUGUUAACUUGGGGGCAGGUCUGCGCCCCCCUGGGUUCGAGCCCUAUCUGGCCUUCCUGCGUGAUGCUGUCUUUCUGCCCUUUCCCACUCGAGCUUAUCGACGUGCGGCAGAGAAGUGGGAGGUGGCUGAGGCUGUACUUGAGGUCUUCCACAAGCUGCUGCGUGACUAUGAGCCCCAGCCCAGCGAUUUUGUACAGGAGAUGGUGGAACUCCAGGGUGAGCAGGUGCCCAGCUACAAACCCCCUGGCUACAGCCUGAUGUUCCACUUGCUCAACGAUUCGCCCAUGCUCAGCCUUUGCCUCAACCUGCUGGAGGAGGGUGUGCGGCAACUCGACACCUAUGCUCCUUUUCCUGGUAAAAAACACCUGGAGGGCUCUGUGCUGCACUGCCUCUGCCUCCUGGACCUGGCCUUACAGAAGCAGCUGGUGUUCAUGGAUCUGCUGCGAGAGAGUCAGGCCUCCCUGCUGGCAUCUCCGCUCGAGCAGCUGCUGCAGGGCAUCAGCCCACAGAGCCGUCGAGCCGACCACAUCGUCAACAUCGCCAGGUACCUGUACCAUAGCACCUCAAACCCAGAGGUGGCAUUCCAGAGUGCCAAAAUCCUGCGCCACAUAGCCCGCUAUCCUAACAUCCAGUCUCGGUUGGUGGGAGACUUCAUGCAUGAUCAGGCUGUUAGUGAGAAGCUGAUGGCAGGCUUUGUGGAGUGUUUGGACAACGAGGAGGCAGAGGAGGGUAUAGAGAAGGUGGAUGAGUCAGAGCUGGAAAAGCGAGUGGCAAGGAUUCGCCAUGAGACCCAGAUCCACAUCCUGAACCUGCUCAUUACUUCCCUGGAGCUCAAGGCUCCCAACCUCGCUCUCUAUCUGCUAGGCUAUGAGCUGAAGAAGGCUGUGUCCACCACCAAUUUGCAGGAUCCUGGAGUCUUGGGUUGCCCACGGAGCUGCUUGCAUGCCAUCCUGAGUCUGUUGCAGAGAGGCAGUGAGAGGCGUUCUGGGCCUGUGCUGACACGGCAGUCCCCACACCUUGCUGAGCUCUGCUACCAGGUGAUCUACCUGUUGUGUGCAUGUUCUGACACCUCUGGUCCCACUAUGCGCUACCUGAGGACAAGCCAGGAUUUCCUGUAUUCUCACCUGCAGCACCUGCCCUUUGUGAUCCCAGGAAAUGAGAUUGCUGGGCUUUCCCAAAUGUCAUGGCUGAUGAAGACGGCGGCCAUUGAGCUGCGUGUGACAUCCCUGAACCGCCAGCGUUCACACACGCAACGGCUGCUGAACCUGCUGCUGGAUGACCAGCCGCACUCCCAGCUCACAGCUGAUGGUGAAACUGGGAUGGAGGAAGAGACUAGAUCUGUCAGCGGCUUCCUGCAUUUUGACACAGUUUCUAAAGUCCGCAGGAAGCUCCUUAGUGUUCUUGAUGCCAUCAGUUUCAGCCAAGAGGUCCCCGAGCUAUUACAGCUGGACUUCUUUGAGCGUGCUCAAAUCGAGCAGGUCAUUGCCAACUGUGAGCAUGUCAGUGAGCACGGACACACUGUUUGCAACGUUAAGUUGCUGCACAGAGUAUUGGUUGCAGAGGUCAAUGCCCUCCAGGGAGUGGCAGCUAUUGGUCAGCGCCCUUUGCUCAUGGAGGAGGUGAACUCCAUCUUACAGCAGGUGGUGGAGAGGAAUCGUGUUCGGCGUAGCCUGAGUGCCAAGCGUCAUGCCCUGCAAUCCUGGAGGGCGCUGGUAGAGACUGUGCUGACCGCUUGCCCCUCUGACCUCAUCCCAGCCGACUCCCGGCAGCUCAUCAUUCGGGACCUACUGCUGGACCUCCAUGACAAGGUGCUGUCUGAGGAUGCUGCGGGCGAGCUAAUGCCCAUUGUAGCUGGAGUUGUCUUCACCCUCAUGGUACACCUCAGCCAGUCAAUCCUCUCAGAGCAGGGGGUGGGUCUAGAGGGCAAGGCUUCCUCUGGUUUUGCCUCCAUUGCCAACUCUGCAUUGCACCUGAUUCUUCGCAAGUUGUUAGAUUUCAUCCUGUGCACAGGGGGAGGGUUCCAGCGCCUUCGAGCCCAUCUGUAUGGCUCUCUGCUGUACUAUCUGCAAAUUGCUCAAAAACCAGAGGAGCCUGACAUGCUGCAGACAGGUGGAUCCUCCAUGUGGGAGCGGCUAACAGCCCCCGAGGACAAUUUCUCCAAGCUGCAGCGUGAGAACCUGGCCAUCAUUGAGAGCUACGGGACAGCGCUCAUGGAAGUAGUGUGCCGGGAUGCCUGCGAUGGCCAUGAAAUUGGCAGGAUGCUAGCCCUGGCAGUUUUGGAUCGCAUCCUGUCCAUCGACCGGCAGUGCCAGUGGCUACUCUAUAUGUGCAACAGUGGCUACCUGUGCGUGCUGGUGGAGAGUCUACGGCAGGAUGACUCUGCCCUGCAGGCACUACUGGGGCCCCAGCCCCCACUGCUCAAGCCCCUUUACAUAUAUGAGUCCAAAAUGGCUCUCCUGACACGGGUUGCCAAGACAGGCCAAGGUGCUGUAGAACUGCUGCGGUGUGGCCUGGUUUCUCAGCUUGUUGAGUGCCAGGUGUACGACAUGCUGCCUGAGAGCGAUCCCCACAGGGUGUUUGGUCAGAGGGACCCCACUGGCUUUAUACCUAGCCCGCUGGAUCGCUACAGGCAGAUCCUCCUCCCAGCACUGCGUCUCCUCCAGGUCAUUCUCACUUCUACCUCCACUCAGCACCAGCAGGGGGCAACACAGGUGCUGCAGUGGCUGAUUGUUCACUCAGACACCAUCCAGUCCAUCCUGCGCUGCCAGGAGCUCAGCAUGAGCUCUCUACAGGAGCUCUCCCUGCUUACUGGCAUCAUUAGCAAGACUGCCUUGCCAGGGACCCUGGAGACCGGACAGGACUUCCAAGGUUCAGCCCUGGUGGAAUUGCAGGGGCACAUUGGCCGCUUUCAGCGCCAGUGCUUGUCCUUGCUUGGCCGGCUGGCAGGCAGCGAACGAGCACGACUUCUUAAGCUGGCAGAGGAGAGUAGCUCCCCACGGGAUCCAGCUGAUCGCCGGGAGGAGAUGGAGGUGGCCAUGCAGCAGAUCUGUGCCAAUGUGAUGGAGUAUUGCCAGAAACUACUUCUGCAGAGCUCUGCCCAGGCCCAGUUCAGUGUGUGCCUCUUUAGUCCUUCCGUUGCCGAGCCAGCGGGCCGCGAUGGGCCACGCGCAGACCUGCAGGGUCCCUCGGCACCCUGCUCCCGUGUGCCCAGCCUGGGCCUUGUUCUCUUCUUGCUGAAGAACAGUGCUGCCGACUUUUUCCGCUUCCACCAAAGCCACCGCCAGAGUCUGGAUAAGCUGCAAGGUCUUGAACAGCUGCCCCCAGAAGAGCUGAAAGAGCUGUGCCAGGCUCAAGUGUCUGGCUCCGGGGGGGUUGACAAGAUUUCCUCUGUCCAGCGGAGUGUUCUGGCCAAGAGAUGGCUUGUGCAGCUCAUUAACAACCGAGCCAAGCUCCUCUCCCUGUGUUCCUAUAUCAUUGAAACCUGCCUAUUUGUGUUGUGGCGCCACCUGGAGUACUACUUGCUGUACUGCACCCCCAGUGACCCUAAGGAUUCCUUGCUGCCCAAUGUCAGUACAUACAGGGCACGCCUUGACGAUUCCUUUUCUGGGCAGUCCAGUGGUGUGGCCCGCAGCCUAGGUCUGUCUCGUGUGAGCCAGCAGGACCUGGAGCAGCUGCAGACCGAUGUGUCUGUCUACUUUGGGGAGUCCCUGCAAAGAAAACUGCUGGAUGUGGAGGGCCUGUACAGCCAGGUGCGUUCACGCUACACCUUCAUCCAGGCUCUCGUCCGCAGGAUCCGUGGUCUGCUGCGCCUGCCUAAGAGCUGACCUUCACCCCCAUGGGCCUUCUGUCUGUUAAAGAUUGGGACUCAUUCUGUUGUAGUUACCUAUUAUACUGGUUCACAGAACCUAUGAAAUUUUUCACUCAAAUGCUUUGGUCUUGUUUUUCUAACAAAAAUAAAAAGAUUGGGUU